AUGGUUAAAUUUAUUAAAAGAGAGACAAAGGAGGAGUUCCACCAAGGAAAAAAGCAGCUUUUCCACAAGACAACAAAAUAUAUUGAACUUGCUAGACUAUCAGAUAACCGAGUCUUCAAUGCUGAAGGACUAAGUCCAAGGAACAAGGAGUUAUUUGCAUUGUCGUUGAAGUUAAAGGAGGACAAAAAAUUCAAGUUUAUAUGGACACACUCGGGUCGUAUUUAUCUUAGAAAGGACAAUGAUUCACCUGAUCAGUUGAUUACAAGCCAAGAUGAUUCAAACUAUUUAAGAUAA